GGCGCCUCCAGCCGGGAAUAGAGGGAGCGCCGUCGGCGGCGCAUCCUGGGCCCGGCGGCGGGUCGGGGCUGGAGGGGCGAGCGCCCCAAGCGGCGCGGCCGGUGCUUGGGGCACGAGGCCGGCGCGGCUGGGUCCUGAGCUCCGCGCGGCCGGGGCACAAGGCCGGCGGGAGCAAGUCCUCGGGCGGCGCGGCCGGGGUCCGAGGCAGCGGCGCGGCCGGGGUCCGAGGCAGGCAGCGCGGCCGGAGCUCCCCUGGCUGGCUGCUGUCACACGGAGGAAGAUGGUGUACUCGUGACAAUGACAGGUGGGGCCCACUAACGGUAGCUAACGGAAGCUGAAAACGGUGGUCGUCCCAUCUACUUGAGUACCUCCAACCAAACAAAAAAAUGGGACGAACUCAUUCUUGUCAACCAAACACGAGUCGGGACGAUCCCAUCCUAAAAAACUGGGACAGAACCGACCCAUCCCACCUCGUCUCCAAACCAAACGCACCCUAAGCCUCCGAAACGCCCUCGUCGACGCUAUCCGGGAGUCUUACGGCAAGGGUGCGGUCCUCGAGAUGGCCGACGCGCGGCUGAACGGCGACUUCGACGAGAGGCAGAUGAAGCGUGUGAUGUUCGUCGGGCUCCUGUGUGUCAACCAGGAUCGUGGGAACCGGCUGGGCAUCAGAGAAGCUGUCAAUUUACUCUCGAAUAUCAGACACCCGUUACCUGAACCUGAAGGUAUCAGCAUAUGAUAGAAAAUGAUUGCUACCUGUGCUGUCAAUUUACUCUCGAAUAUCAGACACCCGUUACCUGAACCUGAAGGUAUCAGCAUAUGAUAGAAAAUGAUUGCUACCUGAAUCUCAAACGUGCACCUAGUAGGGAGUACGUAGUUCAGUGUCUCCUUUACCCUAGUAGGGUAUGCUGUCUGCUGUCCAUCCUUUAAUCUGUUUGACCAUUGUUUUCUCUUGUCAGAUUUAUUUGAGACAAUAUCUUUGGUGUAUACAUGUUUGUCGUGUUUGCCGCUAUCCAUGGCGGUCGGUCGUGGUUAGCAUAUCUAACGGUCUGCUAGAAGUGGUAGAUGCAACAAACUCUCUAGCAGCGUGCUCAGGUAUGGUCGUGAAAAAACAAUCAACAUUUAUCGAUGAAUUGUGUCUGUCUCUAGCAAUACUGAACUUGAUACUAAAUAUGCAUGGUAGCUAAGGCACCUGCUUAUGGAGAUGCAGGCCGAUCUCAUAUUCUCAUCCUUGAUAUGCUGCAACAGUUACAAUGGGUAUUCAGAUUUCCUUAAAACUGGUCUUCUGGGCACGUACUACAGUGAGUUGAGAGAACACAAACACACUUGUGCUAUACUCAUGCUUCAUGCUUGGAUCGGAUGUUCCAGAGCCUGCGAAAUUCGCUAUAGGUGAAGCUUGCCCGUCUAAGAUUCGCUAUAGGGAACUGUUCAGGUCGCAUGGUCUUUCAGCUCAACAACGUUUCAAAAGGUAGAUUGUUUUAGUUUUUUCUAGAUAGGUCUAUUUUGUAUGUAUCUAGAUAUAACCCUAUAUUUAUAUGUGUAGCAAAAUCUAUACAUGUAGAAAACUAAAAUGAUCUACGUCUUGGAACGGAGGGAGUACUACACGGAGGGAGUACUACGUACUCUGUCGCGCGCUCUCUCUCUCUGAAUCUCUGACGAGCACUUGCUUAACGUAAAUUAUACUGUUGUUGAUGCGCUGACGUACAGACCCAGCUAUGGGUAAUAAUACUGCUGUCUGCUGCGAGUGCAUCACUGACCGGUUUAGUGGCUGCUCUCCUUUGCUAUAUCAUGUGUAGACCGCUCCGGGACCACUCCAUCCACAUAGAUCUGCAAGUAGCAAGAGAAUUCUCCUACAACGAGCUGUCCGCGGCGACCAGCAAUUUCUCCAGGGACAGGAAGCUCGGCGCGGGCUCCUUCGGGGAAGUGUACAGGGGGGAGCUGCAGGAUCCGCGCAUGCCGCCGGUUGUGGCCGUGAAGAAGUUGACAAGGCUGAUGGAGCAGACCAGUCACUGCCAGGACUUCGUCACCGAGGUCAACACACUGAGCCAGCUCAGCCAUCGGAACCUUGUGAAGCUCCUCGGCUGGUGCAGCGGCGGCGAGCUCCUUCUCGUGUACGAGCUGGUAACGAAUGGGAGCCUCGAGGAGCACCUCCACGGGUCGGAGAGGCUGCUGACAUGGCCCGAGAGGUACAAGAUCGUGCUCUGCGUCGGCGCCGCCAUAGACUACCUCCACAACGGCUAUCGGAACCGCAUCCUGCACCGGGACAUCAAGCCUAGCAACGUGAUGCUGGACGACGCCUUCGACGCCAAGCUCGGCGACUUCGGGCUCGUGAGGCAGCUGGUCGACCCCGAACAGGGCUCCCUCGGAGGCACGGGCAUGAUCGGGACCAGGGUAUACAUGGAUCCCAUAUGCAUCACCAGCCAUACGGUGAGCACAGCGUCCGACAUGUACAGCUUCGGCGUGCUGCUACUACUGGAGAUCGCCGCGGGCAUGAAGCCGGACUUGGUGCAGGGAGCAGCAAGAGGUGACCUCUCAAACACCCUCGUCGAAGCUGUCCGGGAAUCUUACGCCAGGGGUGCGGUCCUCGACAUGGCCGACAAGCGGCUCAAGGGCAACUUCAACAGCAGCCAGAUGGAGCGUGUGCUGGCCGUCGGCCGCUUGUGUGUGGAGCUGGAACGCCAGCACCGCCCGAAUAUCAAAAGAGCCGUCAACUUGCUCUCGGAUCUCAGCCUUCCGUUAUUAUAGGAUAGAAAAUGAUUACUUGGCGAGUUCACUGUAUAAACCAACCAUUGCUUUCUAAGUUUCUAUGAUCCGCUAGAAUCAGGCCGUCAAUUUUGUAAUUUUCUUUUUUGCAUUUAUCUGCUGAUGAUUUGGUUGCUUGACAGUAAUAUUAUGAUGCCAUUUGUGAUUUGUCAA